AGGGCACGGCGUGGGGGAUGGAGGUUGAAGGGGGGUGCGAGGAAGGAGGAGGGAGGAGGCAGCAGCUCCGACAGCCAGAGAGAGUGACCGCGCACAGAUGCAUAUCUGCUGCGCGUCUCGCCGGUAUAGACUCAAAGUAUCACAAGGCAGCAGCAACGGCCAUAACACAAAUUCCUCCAGCAUCUUCAGCCCGCUGUGUACAACCGACUCGACUCACCACCGUCUCCUUCGCGUUUACCAACAGCCGCCAGCGAACGGGACGUGUGCUAUGUUGUUUUGAAAAUAUAUACAUUGUUUUAUAAGUACAGUGUAUGUUCAUAAGUAACGUUUAACUGGGGUAGAGAGCAGUUUUUUUUGUUUUAAAUUGCAUUGCCAGGCAGGCUCGAGUUACACAUUUCUAAAAAAAGAAAAAUCAGCAUCAAACUAACACGCGUAUAGGCUAACUAGAGUAUCGUACAUUUAUCGCAAAACAAAAGUGCGAAUUAACUCUUUUGACAAAUUACACCAGCUCUGGUGUGAAGCCUUUCCGGCCAACUAUAGCAGGCGCACAGAUAGAGAGAGAGAGAAAAGUGUGUCUCCGUGCGUGCGAUUAUCAAGAUGGGGCCAAUUUUGCGCGCUCGGGCACCCACGCCGCGUCUCCUCCUCCUCGCGCUCUCCGCCUGGUGCGGCUGGCUGCCGGUGGCGAGCGCCGCCGCCGUGGCCCACCAAACGGGUCACACCUGCCGAGCCAACGGCAGCGUGUACUACGUGGGCGAGUGGUUCUUCCCGGACGCCGACCACUGCACGCAGUGCGAGUGCACGACCGAGGGUCCGGCGUGCGCGCGCACCGAGUGCGCCGCGUUGCCGCCCGCCUGCGUGCACGUGAGCCACUACCCAAGCGACUGCUGCCCGCGAUGCGAGCGGGUCGGCUGCGAGUACCGGGGACACGUGUACGAACUGGGCCACAAGUUCCAGCCGUCCGCCUGCGAGCAGUGCACGUGUGAGCUGGACGGGAUCCCGCGCUGCCUGGUCGCCGACUGUGCUCCCCCUCCCUGCGUCAACCCCGUGUACGAGAAGGGCGACUGCUGCCCCACCUGCAAGGACGGUCCAAACUGCUAUGCGGACGCGGGCGGGCGGCGCGUGAUCCCCGGCGGGAGCCACGUGUGGCUCGACGAGUGCACGCGCUGCCGCUGCCACGACGGCCUCGAGGCCGGCUACUGGGAGGGCAACCGCGUGGCACGCUGCGAACGCCUCCGCAGGUGCGCGUCCGGCCAGCAGGAGGAGGCGGCCGAGGCGGUGGAGACGGUGGAGACGGAAGGGCAGCAGCAGCAGCAGCAGCAGCAGGGAGUCCACUGAAGUGCGCCACGAGGGGGUUGCGUUCGUACGGCGGCGCCUUUCCAUACAUCGCACGGCGUUGCAACCAUUUUGGCCGACGGGUGCGGCCGCAGUCAUAAGCGACCCCACGACGUCAACACCCACGUCUGGGUUAUAUGAUUAUUAUUAUUAUUGUUGUUGUUGUUGUUAUAGCGUUGCCACCUUGUCCUGGUUUUCUUCCAUAAUCGUGGCUGCGCUGGGAAUCCAGUAAACUGUUCCCCCCGGGGAAAGUUAAAAGUCUAGUUUUUUUUGUCAGUUACGUAAGAUUACAACUACACGAGAUGAUGCAUUGACACGUGGUUCCUCCCAUCUUCAGCUUAUACAACGUAUUAUUCUCACGAUAUGUUUAAGUGGUUUGUCCCUCAGAGAUGGCAACCCAAGUCAUAUAAGUAGAACGACUGUGGAAGAAGACGUCGCUAUUUCGUCGCAUUCAUUACUUACCUCGCCCAGUGUUGGUGUGCGUGUGUGUGCAUCUUUGUGUGUGCGUGCAUCUUUGUGUGUGUGUGUGCAUGCAUCUGCGUCCCAUGUAGUGUAGCGGUUAGCGCACUGCAUCACGAACCUGGCGGC